GAUGGGUCGGCUUGUCGUCUUGCUGAAGUCGUCAAGCUGGCGGUGGAAUUCAACUCGCGUAAAAGAAGAGACGACGCCUUCCGUCCCAGUCCUAACCCUACUGCGAAUCUCCCCAUUUUCUCCCGCUUCGAUCUGAAAUCUGUUCUCACUUUCACGAUCUUUGAAGCUCUAACGACCUGCGGAACUGGUAAUGGCGGCAACCACGAGGGUGGACGGCCAGGACAAGGUCAUCGCGACGGCGCAGCAGAUCGUGAGGAGCCUGGCCACUUCGAAGAACGCUGCCGAGGACAUGAUUCGCAUACUCUCCGGCUUCGACAAUCGCCUCUCCUCUAUGAACGAUCUCUUACCAACCGCCGGCUCUGGCUGUUCCUCUCCGACCGCUGCCCGGGUUGAUGCGGAGAGGGAGGCCCCUGCACCUGGAGACUGUAACCUCGAAGAUGCUGAGGAGGUUAUUCAGCGCUGGGAGUCUUCCGAUUCGCUCCUGUGGGAGGCAUCUGCUGACGAGGCCGUCGAGUACCUUGAUGCUGUCGACGAACUCGUCUCACUCCUCGAGUCCGAGUCGUUACCUGAGGAAUUCCGCGCCCGGGCUGAGAUCGCUGUUCAGAUUGCCAUGGCGCGGCUGGAAGACGAGUUCCGCCAUCUGAUGAUCCGCAACACUGUCCCGCUCGAUGCCGACAGUCUCCACAGUUCGAUCCGUCGUGUUUCGCUUUCUUUCACCUCUGUUGCUGGCGAUUCAGUCGACGACUUUGAGGAAUCGGUCGAUGAGGAACAGCAAUACGAGGCCAGCCUGGAGUCACGCGGCGUGAGUUUCACCUCCAGUGACCGGAGAAUCGACCUCAUUCUGCCUGAGGUCGUGUCCGAUCUGAAGGAGAUUGCAGACCGGAUGAUCUGGGCUGGAUAUGGGAAGGAGCUCUGUCAGGUGUACAGCAGCGUCAGGCGUGAUAUACUCGACGAGUGCCUCUCAAUUCUUGGCUUGGAACGGAUGAGCAUUGAGGAGGUUCAGAGAGUUGAGUGGAGAGCUCUGGAUGAGAAGAUGAAAAAGUGGAUUCAGGCGAUUAAGGUUAUGGUCAGGAUUCUGCUCACUGAGGAGAAGAGGCUCUCUGAACAGAUAUUUGGUAUAUCUGAUGACAUCAAAGACGAAUGCUUUACAGGAGCCGCCAAAGCUUGUAUCCUGCAGCUUCUGAAUUUUGGGGAUGCAAUCUCCAUUUGUCAGAGGUCCUCUGAAAAGCUUUUCCGAAUUCUUGACAUGUACGAGGCUUUGGCAGAUGUCAUUCCUGAGCUACAUUCCCUGUUCUCCGCAGAGGCCGAUAGUCUUAUAUGUGGCGAGGCUGAGGGAAUCCUGAAGAGAUUGGGGGAAUCUGUAAGAGGCACUUUUAUGGAAUUUGCUAAGGAUGUUCAGAAAGAUGUUUCACGUAGGCCUCUACCAGGAGGUGAGAUUCAUCCUCUUACCCGUUAUGUUAUGAAUUAUGUCAAAUUGUUCGUGGAUUACAGCAGCUCCCUUGACGUGCUUUUGGAUGAUGAAAAUGUUAUGGGAGGAGUUAAUGAUGACGAUACCCAAAGUUCGGGGAGAAUGACACCAGUAGGCCGUAGUUUACUGAUGUUGAUGUCUUAUUUAGAGUCUAAUCUUGAUGAGAAGUCAAAGCAUUAUGAAGAUGGUGGUCUUCAGUGCAUAUUCUUGAUGAAUAAUAUACUAUAUAUAGUGCAAAAAGUUAGGGACUCUGAGCUUCUAGGACUUUUGGGCGAUAACUGGGUUCGUCGGCGCCGUGCUCAAGUGAAGCAAUAUGCGAACAGCUACCUCAGAGCUUCUUGGACCAAAAUUUUGUCAUAUUUGAAGGAUGAUGGAUUGGGAGGAAGUGGAAGUAUCAGCUUAAGUGCCGCACCUAAAAUGGUCAUCAAAGAUAGGUUCAAGAGUUUCAAUUUAGCCUUUGAAGAAAUAUACAGAACUCAGACCACUUGGAAAGUUCCUGAUUCUCAGCUCAGAGAUGACUUGUGCAUGUCUAUAUCUGAGAGAGUGAUCCCGGCAUAUAGGUCAUUCUUGGGAAGAUUUGGUGGGCAUUUGGAGGCUGGAAGGCAAGCAGCAAAGUACAUUAAAUACACACCCGAUGAACUGGAACAUUUCAUCUCUGAGUUUUUUAAAGGAUCAACUGGGCCAUCAAACCAUCCUAGAAAAAAGCUUAGCUCAUAGCUGAAGUGAUUUAUAGAGACGUUGGUGUUCCCGUUCUCAUCAAUCAUCAUACACAUACUUAAAAGGGUUCAGGAUAAAGAAAUCAGGGGGGAAGAAAGUUGGAUUUACUAAGAAAAGGAAGGGGUUUUCUUUCAUGACAUUGUUAAUGGCAAAACAUAAACAUGACUGAAGCUAAUAUUGACAGAAGUUUUAUUUCCAUUUAUUUGA